UUAAAAAAAAUUGUUCAAUGUGUGUGUAUUCACUGUAUUGUCACUAUUGUGUGUGUAGUCUAGUCUAAGAGUCUAGUGUAUGGAUCGGAUGGAGUGUAUGAUGAUAUUUAUAUUUAAUAAUUUAAAAUUUAAGUAUAAGUUAGUAUGUUGAGUAUGGUGAUACUAAUAUUACUAUGGUGAGCUGACAAAUGAGUAGGCCUAUUUUUACUAUUUUAUUUACUAGGCUAUAUAAAUAUAUUAAAUAGCCUAUUACUAGGCAUAUAGCAUUACACAGUACAUUAGUAAGCCUACAUUAUUUUAUUAUAGUUAUAAGUUAACUAUUACUAUUGACUAUUACUAUAGAUACUAGAUAGAUACUUAUAGUCCUAUCUAUAGGUCUAAUUAUUUAUUUUCUACUAUAAAAACCUUGUGCAGUAGUUACCUGAACAUUGUUUGUAAACAAGUGUCUGUUUCCCCCAGACUACUGCUAUUGUAAAAGUAAAAAGCACAUCAGCUUGAUGGAUGACCAACAACUUCACCUCCCUUCAAGACUGGUUCAUUUGGAUUUCAAAGGGGCACCUUUGUGUCUAACCUAUAUUGAGAAGGUUUUACCUUUGCUGAAGAAAUGGGGUGCUACAGGAUUGUUAAUUGAAUAUGAAGACACUUUUCCUUACAAUGGAGACUUGAAGUCUUUGGCUGCACCCCAUGCUUACAGCAAUGACAACAUUAAGCAUAUUUUAAAGCUGGCCUCUGACACUGGUUUGGAAGUUAUUCCACUAGUCCAGACUUUUGGACAUUUAGAGUUUGUUCUGAAACAUGAGGAGUUUUCAUCCCUGAGAGAAGUGAAGAAAUAUCCUAUGGCCCUUUGCCCAUCAAAUUCAGAGGCCCUUCAGUUGGUUUGUAGGAUGAUAGAUCAGGUUAUGGCUCUCCAUCCUAAUAUUCAACAUUUCCACAUGGGCUGUGAUGAGGUGUAUCAUCUGGGCAUAUGCGAAGUGUGCAAGCGAAAUAUGGUGGAUAAUUCCUUAGGCAGAGAUCAACUAUUUUUUUCUCAUGUUCGAGAAGUUGCCAGCUAUAUCAAAAAAAUGUAUCCAAAUGUUACAAUUAUAAUGUGGGAUGAUAUGCUUAGAUAUUCAGAGCUGCCAAUCAUUUUAAAUUGUGGACUUCAAAACUUAGUUGAGCCAAUGAUUUGGCAUUAUCUGCCCAAGUUUAUGCUGCCUCCUGACCUGUGGGAAAAUCUGAGUGCAGUCUUCCCCAAUAUAUGGGUCGCAAGCGCUUUCAAGGGCGCAACAGGCCCUAGAGCACCCGUCACUAAUAUUCGUUACCAUUUGGACAACCAUGGCACUUGGCUAGAUUCUUUGAGGGCAAUCAAAAACAAGUUCAAAGAAGUCAAAGGUAUUGCCAUCACAGGAUGGCAAAGGUACGAUCAUUAUGCUGUGUUGUGUGAGUUAUUUCCUCAUGGUCUUCCCUCCCUUGGGCUUUGUUUAAAAUUGGUUGAACAAGGCACCUCAGGUCAGAAUGACACAGAAGAAGUAGCUAAAGAUUUGAAAUUUUUUACUCCUAUUCCAAUCAAUCCUUACUUAAGUCCAGAGAUACCAGUGUGUGAAUUUCCAGGCUCUGAAAUCUACCAGUUGGCCAUUGAGUUUGUUCAUGUAGAAGCCGCAUGUAGUGAGCUGUUUGUUUUGGAUGGCAUGGCAGCCUGGAUGAACGAGUACAACAUGGAGAGGCGGUUUGUCAACCCAGUACAUGUUGAGCCAAUGUUGGGGAGAGCCAUUAGUAUUCUAGACUCUGUCCUGUCUGUUGAUGGCAAGGUAAAAUCAACAUUCAAGUAUGUUUUCUUGGAAGGAACAGAGACAGAGUGGCGCUCUUGUUUCAUUUUGCCUCUCAUAAAACGUCUUGAGACUUUCAUCUCUAAAGCACGAUCUCUACUGGCUAUUAAAGAUGAUGAAGACAAAGAUGAACUAACAGAAAUUGAUGAAAUAUAAACUUAAUUAUCUGUGUUACCAAACUAAUGAGGACUAAUAUUAUUCAAAGCUUUAAAUAUUUUAGAACCUAAUUUUGAUUAUAAAAUUAAACAAUAGUUUAUGUAU